AUGCAACGAAUCUUUCUAUGUUGGCUUGCCAUCGCCACGAUUGCACAUUCUGUGGCAGCGAAGAGGUUUAUGAAGAUGUUCGCAGAUGCAGGGAUUGGGAUUCAUUGUCCUUCUGGAAACAAAGUGUAUAUCCAUCCAAUUAGUGGAGAUCUACAACUUUGUAAGCAGCAGCUAGGUGUCUACAAUGAAACGAGUUGUCCUGGUGGAACCGCCUGUGAACGGUUUCCAAUAUUGAUCCCAGGUUUUCAAGACUAUUGUUGUUGGUCUGAAAGUAAUCCUGAAUCUGAAUCAUCUUCUGAACUAGAAAUUGUCCCUCCGAUGUCAAAACGUAAGCCAGGUGUUACUGUAGAGCCAAUAGACGAGGAAGAAAAUGAGAAGAUAUUUCCGAUAGAUGAAGAAGAGGAAGAUUUGAAAAUUGAGGAAAAGAAAUCGGUUAGGAAGAAAGUUGACGAAGAAGAUGAAGAUGACGAGGAGGAUAUUGAUUGGGAGUUUGAGACAACUACAGUAAGACCAAGGAAGACGAAAAGUCGAAAAGUGACAGUUAUGACGACAACAGAACCUCCUAUGUUGGUUACAACUACUAUCAAAACUGCACCAGCAUCUCGUCGUCCACAAUGUAACGAUCCAGAAAAAACUGUGUUAAUUGAUUAUGGAAACCGGUUGAGAGAUUGCUAUUUUACACAAUGUCUCCGUGGUUUCAAGUGUGAAUUCAACCGUGAAAUCCGAAGAUUUAUCUGUUGUGGAAGUGAAAUUGAUGUGCCUCCUGCUGGCCUUCCGCGUAUUCCUGAGCCAUCGCCAGUCCUCAAAAAACGUCCUUUCCGGCCAAACCGCCCGUUUGGAAGACUGAAUGAUGGUGAAGAUGAAGAAGGAGACGUUGAUGGAGAAGGUCGUGGACCACGAAAUCCAAUCGUUCCUUUCAUUCAAACUAGUUCGUUUCAAGGACCAAUCGGACCUCCGAAAGUGGAACCUAUGAUUGAAAAUAAUAAUAUAGACUCAACUGCUAUUCCAAGCCCCAACAAGAAAAACAAAUAUGAUGAAGACGAUGAUUAUGAAGAUGGAAAUGGAAAUGGUUGUGGAGGGAAUGGAUGCACGUAUGGAAGAGGGAGAGGUGGAAACUCUAAUCAGAAUUCUGGCGGAGGAUGUGAGAUGAAUUGUAGAAGGAACGGAGGUGGAAACAGUGAUGGUUGUGGGUCGAGUUGCAGAAGAGGAAAUGGAAAUGGAAAUAACCGAGGCAAUGGGAACAGUCAAGAGUGUGGAAACGGAGGAUGCCCAUGGAAUGGAAAUAAUAAUAAUAAUAAUGGAAACCGUCCGAGAAGACCUAGACCCGAUACUGACUACGAGGAGAAUGAGAAUGGAUGUGAAGCAGAUUUGAGUGGAAUGAAUGGAAAUAAUAACAACAAUAAUAAUGGACCAGUACCGCCAAUUCCUGAGCCACGCCCAUUGUGCAAGGGGCUGAAAUUUAAGAAAACUGGGAAUGGUGGAGGCAAUGGAAACUCUAGUGGAAACGGAAAUGGAAAUGGAAACAAUAGAAAUAGUGGGCCUCCUCCUCGAAAUAAUGGAAAAGGAAACGGAAACAGUAGCGGUAACGGAAGACCGAUGAGACCACCACAAUCAUCUGGAUCCGGAUCGAGCAGACGGAAUGGUCCACCACCAUCACCACCGAGAAAUGGAGGAAAUCAGAAUAGAGGGAGUGGAGGAAGUCGGAAGAGUGGAAAUAACAAUAAUUUCAAUGGAAACGGAGAUGGAGGCUAUGGCGGUUAUGGUGGCAAUGGAAAUGGUAAUGACGACUGUGAUUCAGAGAAUCGGUGUGGUGGACAAGGAGGGUUUGGAAAUGAGAAUCAGAGGUUUAGUAGUAGAAAACCCUCCAAUUGUCCCGAAGGUGCAGAAUAUCUAGAUGGAUUCAACGCGCCAAAAUGUCUACCUCCAGGAAUUGAUUCGUGUCCAAUGAGUCAUAAAAAAUGUCGUUAUUCAACACGGUUUGGUCAUCAUGUCUGCUGUAAUUCCCAAUAA